CCUGACGGGCCCGUCUGGGGACAGCCGAGCGCAUUCUGCCCCGGUCGCCCACGGCUGCAGCCCCGCUCGGCCCGGAGAGUCCGAUGGCGGCCGCCGCGCUGUGGCAACUGGCUGAGCUUCCCAUGGCUGCCGAAGUGCUUUCGGAACCUCCACGGUCCCUGUCGUGCCAGGGCAGUGUGACCUUUGAAGAUGUGGCUGUGCACUUCUCCUGGGAGGAGUGGGAUCUCCUGGAUGAGGCUCAGAGACGCCUGUACCUGGAUGUGAUGCUGGAGAACUUCGCACUUACAUCCGCCCUGGGUUGUUGCCUUGGAGUGGAGCAUGAAGAGGCACUUUCUGAACAGAGCAUUUCUUUAGGAGUAUCACAGGUCAGGAAUCCCAAAGAAGGUUCAUCUUACCAAAAUGUCUAUCCCUGUGAUAUAUGUGGCCUGGUCCUGAGAGACAUUUUGCACUCAGCUGAACACCAGGGAACACAUCAUGAGCAGAAACCAUACACACAUGGGGAACAGUUCUUCACUGCAAACCUUCAACCGCACAAGGAGCAAAACACUAGGAAGGUAUCCUUCAGAAACUUUGUAGACAGAGCCUCAUUCAUAAAUAGUGGUACAGUCCAUGUGUUAGGGAAGCCUUUUACCUGCAAGGAGGUUAGGGAGGGCCUUCUGGCCAGCAUGGGAUUUCUACAACAGGCCACUGACACAGGGGAGAGACCAGGUAACAGUAACAAGUGUAGGGCUUCCUUUCGCAGUGGAAAAGGUUAUCACAACUGGGGAGGAUGCAAGAAAGCCCUUAGCCACAUAGACACACUUGUUCAGGACCAGAAAGUCCUCACUAGAGAAGGGAUUUUUGAGUGUGGCAAGUGUGGGAAAGCCUGCACACGAAGAUGUAAUCUCAUUCAGCACCAGAAAGUCCACAGUGAAGAUAGGCCUUACGAAUGCAAUGAGUGUGGAAAAUUCUUUACCUACUACUCCAGCUUCAUUAUACAUCAAAGAGUUCACACUGGAGAAAGGCCUUUCAAGUGCAAUGAAUGUGGGAAAUCCUUCAGCCAGAUCUACAGCCUCAAUAGCCACAGGAAAGUUCACACUGGAGAAAGGCCUUAUGAGUGUGGUGAAUGUGGGAAAUCCUUUAGUCAAAGAUCCAACCUCAUUCAACAUCAGAGAGUUCACACUGGAGAAAGGCCUUAUGAGUGUAGUGAAUGUGGAAAAUCUUUCAGCCAGAACUUCAGCCUCAUUUACCACCAGAGAGUUCACACUGGAGAAAGGCCCCACGAGUGCGGUGAAUGUGGGAAAUCUUUUAGCAGAAGUUCUAGCCUCAUUCACCACCGGAGACUUCACACUGGAGAAAGGCCAUAUGAAUGUAGUAAAUGUGGGAAAUCUUUUAAGCAAAGCUCCAGCUUCAGUUCACAUCGGAAAGUUCACACAGGGGAAAGACCUUAUGUAUGUGAGGAAUGUGGAAAAUCCUUUAGCCAUAGUUCCAACCUUAAGAACCACCACAGAGUUCACACUGGAGAAAGGCCUAUUGAGUGCAGUGAAUGUGGAAAAACAUUUAGCUGCAAAUCUAACCUCAUUAAACACUUAAGGGUUCACACUGGUGAAAGACCCUAUGAGUGCAGUGAAUGUGGGAAAUCCUUUAGUCAAAGUUCUAGCCUUAUUCAACACCGGAGAAUUCACACAGGGAGAAAGCCUUAUCAGUGCAGUGAAUGUGGGAAAUCUUUUGGCAGCAAAUCUGUCCUCAUUCAACACAAGAGAGUUCACACUGCAGAAAAGCCUUAGCUGUACAGGGAAUAUGCAGUUUCUUUUUAGUUUCAUUAUACUGGAGAAGAACACUUGUGAGUGAGCCAUGUACUUGAAUUAAAGCCCCAAUAACUGAAGAUACACACUGAGAAGAUUCUCUUUAAGUUCCAGGUAUGUGGAAUCUUUAAGGAGUUAUAUUACACUUUCUAACCUGCCCAGGGUCCUUGCCAUUUUACGGUUCUGAGACAGAAACCAUUUCACUUCUGCCACCUGCCAGACCCACACAAUACACAUUAGUCACCACCCAACAGGUUCAAGGAUGCCGACCUCUGGGUUUACACAUUUGCUGGAGGAAAUCAUGAGUGGUGUGAGACUUCAGGGGCUCCUCAUUCCCUUGUCUGUCAAAAGUAAGGGCACGGACUUGACCCAGUUUUGUAACAGAUCCUGGUAAGAGUUUUUGGCUGUUUGUGAAGGACUGACUUUUUCAGAAACUUGUAGUCUUGACGCUUGUCAUAGAUUUUUUUUUUCCCCCAGUCUCCAAGUUACCAACAUGGAAACCGCCUUACUCACAUUAGUUUUUUAUCAUAAAGUCUUUAUUGUUUAAGCUCUGUUUAAUCUUGGAGGCUCCAUUUACUAUGUGAGGUCACUUUAAAACGACUGGGCCAUGCAGCAUUAUGGACUACCACAGGGUGGGAGGUGGGAUGGGAGGGAAUCACAAUUUGUGUAUCUGAGACAACCAUAUGCCACAGGAUAUAGCUCCUUUCAGUUUUGUCUUGAUUUGAACUGGUCUCCACAACUCCUAAGAAAAACUACAGGGUUGUAUGGUCUUAAUUUCUAGAUCGACACACCAGAAUUUUUGUGGGCUCGGGGGACACCUGAAAACCUCCAGUGCGUCUGGGAACAGUCUGAAUUGUUUUGUUUACAGGGAUAGUAAUCUCUAGCACUGUUGAAGGCAUUUUCUACUUCAGGUCCUGCAAAGGAGCUGAGUGUCCUAAUAAACAUAAUUCAGUAGGCUAGCAUCACUAAGAUUAUGGAGACCAGAAGGAACCAUAAUUGGCUCAGAAACACUGGAUUAAUGGGAAGUAGAGAAACCAACAGCAAACUAGCUGGAAUGUACUCCUUAUAAAUGUUUUAGUGAUUUUCUGGAUCUGUGUGUACAUUCUCAGGACCUUCAGGAACGUGUAUCUUUUGUAGCUAAGAUCACUGUUGGGGGAAAAAAAAAAAGAGCUAAGUUUUAUGUGUAACAGCAGCCGUAGCUGCAGAAGGCAAGAACAGGUGUAGAGAGAAGGGCAGUCCCUUAGUCCAGGUGGCUUUGUGACCUAGACAUCAUUUUAUGUGGAAACAAACAAUAUUUGCUGCGACUAAGACAAGGUUGACACGCCAACGUCAUCAGGAAACAUGAAUAUAGGGUUACCAAACCUGGUAAUAAACCAUCAAAUUAAAAUGAACAUACCAGUCACCACUAACUUAUCUCAUGCUCUGCUAACCACCCACCUUUGGCCCUCCCAGCAACCAAUGAUUUACUUUCACUUACAAUAGGGUAGUGUAUGUAGUCUAGAUUUUAAUAUGAUUUGAUUCCCAGAAUGUUUAUUUUUUAUUUUCUGGUAUCAUUCAUGAUACAUAAUUAUCCUGAAAUUUUUCAAUGAUGUUUCUAUGAGCUUAUUUAUUGCUGAGUAUUAUUUUCUAUGGAUACACCAUUUCUUAAUUCAUUCAUCUGUUUAUGGGCAUUUAGCUUAUUUCUGGGUUUUGAUUGUUUCAAAUAA